AAAGCUCGCGAUGGUGGGGGUAAAAUUCUCCGAUUAAUUAAUUGCCCGACAGUUUUUCUCCUGGUACGCGCGGACGUAGUUAGGCCGCUUCGUUUAUUUUUUAUCCAGUCGUUUUAUAAAUUAUUCCGCAAACAUGUGAAAGUCUAUCGGGAUAGUUAACCAGUGCUACACACUCGUCUACGUUCGUAAAUUCAUUAAUUGGUGUAGAACUGUAUUAAGCACUGGAAAAAAAAGCCAAGCGCAGGUGCGAGUCGUCCGUAAGCGUCGAGUUAACCUCAAAAAAGAGUUCCGCAAUGGCGGUGGGCUCAACGAAAGUCGUCCAAGUGACGAAUAUCGCGCCCCAAGCCACCAAGGAUCAAAUGCAAACUCUUUUUGGCUAUCUCGGGAAAAUCGAGGAUAUCAGAUUAUAUCCAACUAUAAGAGAUGUGGCGGUGCCGGUUCAGUCCAGGAUAUGUUACAUCAAGUUUCAUGAUCAUAGUCAUGUUGCGGUGGCCCAGCACAUGACCAAUACAGUUUUCAUUGACCGAGCCCUCAUAGUUAUUCCUUAUCAAAAUGGUGACAUUCCCGACGAGCAAAGGGCUUUGGAAUUAACCAAUAAUGGCACUGUUGUACCUGGACUGUAUCCAUCCGAGCCCAAACUUCCACCGAACGUAGUAAAUGCUAUCGAAGGAGUUCCACCCAAUCAUGUAAUAACUACCAUGGAUCCUAAACUUGAAGCUAAUGGUCUACCCGUAUAUCCACAUUUACCCGGUCAUUUGGAUAGUAGAAAGAUCGAAGAAAUUCGUAGGACCUUGGUAAUUGGUAACUUGGAUUCGACUACCACGGACAAACAGCUGAUAGAAUUUUUUAGCAAUCACAACAUUGAUAUAAAAUACACACGACUCUGUACCAGAGAUUCGGACAGCAGUUCGUAUGCCUUAAUUGAAUUCUCAGAACAAGCUUCCAUUGUACCUGCACUAAUGCUUAAUGGCCAAAUACUCAACAACAAACCUAUCAAAAUGGGUCAUUCUGUGCAGGCCAUACUUAAGCCCGAGGCUAAAAGUAACGAGGCGGCACAAAAGGAGAUUGAAGAAGCAAUGUCACGGGUUAAAGAGGCACACAAUCUUAUUUCUGCAGCUAUAGAUCCCAUGAUCGGCAUGCUGUCCAAAGAUAAACGUAGUCGUAGUGGCUCCCGUGGCCGAAAAUCUAGAUCGAGAUCACGGGGACGAUCGCGUCGCUCGCGCUCACGUAAGCGCUCACGAUCGCGGCACAGGCGUUCACGCUCCCGGCAUCGACGCAGAUCUCGAUCGCGAUCACGCAAGCGCUCGCGCUCCAGGGAACGUCGCAGGAAAUCGCGCUCGCGCAGGCGCAGCACCUCCAGGACGCGGUCUCACCGCUCACGGUCCAGGGAUAGACGCUCAAGGUCGCGACGUUCGCGCUCGCGAUCCAGAGAUCGAAAAAAGAGAUCAUCGCCCGCCAGAAAGAAGAGCCGCUCGCGCUCGCGAAGCAAAAGAUCCAAGUCCCGCACGCGGAAGUCCAGAUCCAAAUCGAAAACCCGAUCCUCCAAAUCAAAAUACUCCGAGAAGUCGAGGGACAAGGAGAAGGAGCAUCGUAGCAAAGAUAAGUCUGAGAGCAACGGCAAAAAGAGCAGUAGUAGUAAAGAAGAUCGAGAUAAGAGCGACGACACACGCAGUGAGCGUAGCGAGCGCAGUGAGCGCAGUGAAAAGAAAUCGAGGGAUAAAGAGAAGAAAUCAGAAAAGGAGGAGAAACGAUCGGAGGAAAAGAGUAGAGCGAGCUCUGAAUAUAGUGACAAGGACAAAGAAAAGGAGAAGCAGGAUUCUGAGAAUUAAGGAAUAAUUUUAUUCGGAGUAGUUUUUCUUUUCUUUUUUUUUUUUCCUCUUUUCUUUUUUCUUUUUUUC